CCUGGGAUAAUUUCCUCUCCAUACCCUGGGGCGGCUGGUUUCGCCCCUGCUAUCGGUUUCCAUCAGGCAGGUCUGUCUAUGCAGACGAUGCCUGGUGCUCUGGGACAUCUCACCAUCCCUUCAUCAGCAAUGACAGGACGGAUGACCAUCCACGGCAUGGCCCCCACCAUCAUCCACUCUGUGCUCCUCGUCUCCAACCUCAACCCCGACAGCAUAACACCACACGGGCUCUUCAUUUUAUUCGGAGUGUAUGGAGAUGUUCACCGAGUCAAGAUUCUGUUCAACAAGAAAGAGAAUGCCUUAAUACAGAUGGCAGACGCCACGCAAGCCCAGCUCGCGAUGAGCCAUUUGAACGGUCAGCGUCUGUAUGGUAAGGUGAUCCGUGUGACCAUCUCAAAGCACCAGACGGUGCAGCUCCCCAGGGAGGGUCAGGAGGACCAAGGCCUGACCAAAGACUUCAGUGGGAGCCCGCUGCACCGCUUCAAAAAGCCCGGCUCCAAGAACUUCCAGAACAUCUUCCCUCCCUCUGCCACCCUGCACCUCUCAAAUAUCCCUCCCUCCACUACGGAUGAUUUUCUGAAAGACCUGUUUGCCAGUUCUGGAUACACAGUCAAGGCCUUCAAGUUUUUCCAGAAGGACCGCAAGAUGGCGCUGAUCCAGCUGGGUUCGGUGGAAGAAGCCAUCCAGGCUCUUAUCGACCUCCACAACCACGACCUGGGGGAAAACCACCAUCUGCGAGUGUCUUUCUCCAAAUCCACCAUCUAGCACCCCCUUCACUACAAACACACCCUUUCCCCCAUCCUCCCCAUACCAGCCCUUCUACCUUCAGCAGUCUGACUGUUUCGUUCAGAGAAUAAGACUGACUGACAAACUCUAAAAGAAACAUUACAGAUAUUCAUGGGGUAGUUUUAGAGAUUUCCAAACAAAAAAA